ACUUAGUUGGCAUUGCCUCUCUUUUGCUUAAAGAGUCGUAUUUCCUAUCCUUUACUCCACACACACAUUCAAUAUGCAAGGUUCACAUGUCCUCUCCUCCCACCCAAUGCACCUUUCCUCCGGGAGAAAAUGCCGGAAACUCACAACCGGAAACUCUAAAUUACGGCGGCAAUUAGUCUCAGCUGUGGCGGCACCACCUGCACCUCGGCAAACCACCGCCAUUGUGCCACCAGAGAAGGUGGAGCUGUUCAAGUCACUUAACGGAUGGGCGGGAGAAAAUAUCUUGCCACUGCUAAAACCUGUGGAGAAAAGUUGGCAGCCGCACGAUUUCUUGCCGGACUCAUCCUUACCGUCGGAGGAAUUUGUGGAGCAAGUUCUGACCUUACGUGACCGAACGGCAGAAUUGCCAGACGAUUACUUAGUUGUAUUGGUGGGUGACUUGAUCACAGAAGAGGCUGUGCCCACCUACAUGUCGCUUCUCAACAGAAUGGAAGGAGUUAAAGAUGAGACCGGAACCAGCCCGGAUCCUUGGUCUAUUUGGAUACGACAUUGGACGGCCGAAGAGAACCGGCACGGCGACCUGCUCAACAAGUACUUGUACUUGUCUGGACGCGUCAAUAUGCCUAUGAUCGAGCGUACUAUACAGAACCUUAUUGGCUCCGGCAUGACUCUAGCAACACAAAUCACUCCAUACAGCGGACUCGUGUACACAUCAUUUCAAGAACGAGCAACAUUCAUAACACAUGGCAAAACAGCUAAUUUGGCAAACCGUAGUGGGGAUCCUGUGUUAGCACGUAUAUGUGGCACAAUUGCAGCGGACGAGAAGCGGCAUGAAAAUGCCUAUCAGAAGAUGGUGGAGAAAUUGUUAGAAGUGGACCCCACAGAAACCAUGAUAACGAUUGCUGACGUAUUGGGUCAUAACAUCACCAUGCCCGCCAGCUUGAUGUAUGAUGGUGAGAACUCAAAUCUCUUCAACCAUUUCUCCAUUGUCACACAAAAGCUAGGUGUCUACACCAUCGCAGACUAUGCUGAUAUCUUGGAGUUCCUAGUUGGGCGAUGGAAGCUAGAGAAGAUAGGGGGCCUUGACGGAAAAGCCCAAGAAGCUCAGGAUUUCGUUUGUGGGUUGCCACGCAAGAUUAGGAGGCUACAAGAACGGGCCGAAGAACGAGCCCAGAAGUUGAAGCCUCAAACCAUGCGUUUAAGCUGGAUCUUCAACCGGGAGAUCACCGUGUAGCUCCAAAUAUGUAAAAAAUAAAAAAUAAAGUGUUGUAUUUGCUAUGUAUUCUUGGAAUAGAUUUUGGAUUUAAAUCGCAUUCUAAAUCCAUAAUAUGUUCUUAAAUCCAAUAAUCUAUUUCAAAAAAUGCAUACCAAACACAACAGAUAUAAGAUAUUAUAAGCCAUAAUAAUAUAGUAUUGCUCUAUAGUUAUUUUUUUUUCCCCUGUAAAAUAAGUUAUGAACUCUAUAGCUGUAAUUAAUGUGGCUGGUUGAUAUCUAAAUGAUUCAUUAGCGAAAUUGAGGAUAAUCUGAAUUCUUCCUUAGAGAAAGUGAAUUUUUAAGUGGAAUAUUUUUAUUGGUA